CUCUCUCAGAUGUGAAUUCCUCGCAUAGCGCUGUGUGGAAGAGAAUGAGAGGGAAGGAGGGGUGAAGACGCAACUUCUGCCAAUAGAAGGAAACGCUGUCUUUUUUAUGUCUCAAACUCUCGGCCUGUUUUCGGCGUCCGUUAUUCACUUUGCUCAGCUGAUUGACUCUGGACUUUAUCUGUGAUUAACAUCAUCUAAUGGGAUUAAAGAGGCUCAGUUACCGAUGCGUACAAGGCAACUGUCGCAAUCCGUUAUAUUAAGUUGCAACAGACAUUUAAGAGAACGCCUAAACUUUUUUGAUGAAUAGAUGUGCGCAAUUUUGGAUAAAACGCGAGACGUCUUGACAUCUACGCACCACGCGAAAGAAAAACGAAAGGACGAUAGAAAUGUUUAGGAUAGAAUAGAAACUAGGCUACUUAUUUAGCUGCGCUAUUCUUGCAUAUCCGUCUGCACACGUACGUAAACGAAUCGAAAUUGGAAGUUCCUUUAAAGGCUUUUGGAUGCGAACUCAUAUUUAUUACCUGUACAUUUGUUGUUUAGCCCUCAAACUUGCACAUUUUGAGCGACUUAAAUGCUGUUGAAGUUGAGCAGAAAAUCCACAGAAUGCUGGAGUGAGGGCACUGAAGAUGGCAUCGGCGAUUUUUGAGGGCACAUCCCUGGUGAACAUGUUCGUGAAGGAUUGUUGGGUUAACGGGAUUCGCAGGCUCAUCAUUAGAGGAGAGGAAGAGGAGUUCUUUGAAAUAAGGACUGAAUGGUCGGACAGAAACAUUCUUUACCUGCACAGAAGCUCCUCAGAUUUGGGAAGACUUUUAAAAAGACUACUGGAGUGUUUCCCCGAAGACAGACGAGAUUUGUCAGAGUCUCCUCUGAUAGUAGGGCUUGUGAAGAUUAAAGAAGCAAGAGACAUUGAGACAAAACUAAAUGAAGUGGAGCGACUGUUGAAAAACGCCAUUAACAUGCCUUGGAAGUUUUCUAGGUCAGAGGUUGUCUUAACAUUUUUUGAACGCUCGCCGCUAGACCAGGUCCUGAGGAAUGACAAUGUCCACAAGAUUCAGCCAUGCUUUCAAAGUCCAGUUAAGAUUUCAGAGAUCAUGAGGUCUAAUGGGUUUUGCCUGGCGAACACUGAGACCAUUGUGUUUGAUGAGAGCGUUCCACUGGACAAAGAGAGACCCUCCUCCACUGACUCAGCCCAGCACUCGUAUGAUGAGGACGGGAGAGAAUCUUUGGAUCCUGUGGAUCAAGACCUGAGUGACGAUGAUCCUGAAGCUUAUGUCACCAACCUGUCCUACUACCACCUGGUUCCAUUUGAAACUGACAUCUUGGAGUGAUGCGCACAAUUCUGCAUGGGUGGACAUUCACAGGGGGGCACUGAAGCCCACCACUACGAUGCAGAUAGCCUGCAUGUAAUUUUUGCCAAGAGAUGGGAUGUGCUCUAAACGAGGCUAAUUCUGAUUGUGUUUAUGCUGCAGGAAGAGAUCACCACUAGACAUAGAAUCUGUCCAUCAGAUUUGGUGGCCUAAGCCCACAAUGAUGCUGUGUUGACCAACGUGCCUCAUUAUUCAACCUAGAGUCAUGCUGCAGACAAGAAAAUAUAAUAGUAACUGACAAAAGGAAAAAAAAUAAGUUGCUAUUCCUGUUGCACAGAUUGAUGGUGGCCUGAAAGAUUUAUUAUUAUUUUUUUAUUUAAAAUCCACUGUGUCCUAGUGAUUCAUCUUUUUCAAGGCCCAAUGCCCAGAAAACCUGCCUGGAAAAAUAUAUUUCUUCUUCAGAAAGAGUCUGCACUAUGUGAAUCAGUCCUUUGGCUUUAGUGGAUGAUCUGAAGCUACUCCUGGAGAAGAAGAUUUGCAUAUGGAUUUACCAAAAUGGAAGGUUGUGAUAGUAAAAGAACUUGAACAUAAAAUGCUGAUUCAAAUAGCCAAAUACUGCAAAAAAAAAAAUCCCAUUUCAACAACUCAGACCUUUGAUGUUGUACAAAAAUCACUGCUUUAUUAAUCUUGACAGCCAUUUCUGCCUUAGUUUUAAAGACUUUGGAUUUAGCUAAAUUAAAUUUGCCAAUGUAUAAAGACGUUUUUCUGAAGUGAAUUUUAUUAGCUUAUGGCCUCUCUUCUACUCAACAAAUAUGGACAGUAGCUGAACUUUCUUUUUUUCCACUUGAACACAAAAGAUGUGCACACACACUUGGCUCAUGGCUUCUAGUACACACUUACACAAAUAUAUACACACAUGCACAAAUACACCCCUACUUUGUAAUGCAGUCAUGUUUCCCUGCUACCCGUGAGAAAGUUCUACUCUUUGUUUUGUUCACAAUUUUUGGUGCUUUAAUAAUAUUCUCCAACAUUUUCAAUUCUGUGUGAGCUAACCCUUUAAGUAAUUGUGUUUGCGAUUAUAUAUUUUUGCAACAUGCAAGUAAUCUGAUGCUUGAUUAAAUGUUUUAUUCUUUAGGAUGUAGGCUAUAUAAUAUUAUCACAGCCUCAGACAUGUUAUAUCCAUCAUGUCUAGCCAUAAAAUAUUACUUUGUGACUCCCUUUCUCAAAUCUAAACGUGGAUGCAUGUGAGCAAAAUACCAGAGAUAUCAAUGAAGUCGUGUUGAACACAAACACAAGGGCAGAAGAAUAGACUGUGUGAUUAAAGUAGGCUUAUAUGGACAUGACCAAAUGCAUAGCACAUUACAUAUCAGACACAAAAUAUUUUACAGAGGUUACUUUUGUUCAUUGGGAUUUUAAUGAUUAUUUUUAUAAGCAUUGAAAAUAACUAUUUCUGUCACGUUUCACAUGUUGCACAUAAUGGCAUUUCUGACUGGGGGACUGGUGUGCACAUCAUGUAUUGAAAAUAAUAGUAAUUCAUACAGUAUAUUUGAAAUGAUUUGCAAAACUUGUGAAUAAUUUAUAAAUAACGUGCCACUAAAGCUUUUGUGUAAAUAUGA